AUAUGCGGCAAAAAAAUAGUAUAUUUAACUUCCCCCCUUCCUCCAUCCCCAACUUGCUGUUCAUUUUUCUUUUUCUUUUUGUUGACGGAAUCCGCAUAUUAGAAUAGAAGAGGCAACUAAUAUCCCUCAAGUAUUUAUUUAUAUCUAUUUACGCCUGUUGCCUCUAGAAAUCCGUGUGCUCCCAUCCUCCCGAUAUUUUAUUCAUCCCAGAAAGUCCCGUCCCAAACCUCCCCCCGCAAUGCAAUGGCGAGAUGACGGGAUUACAGUCAAGCUGCCCGUGUCCGCGAACCCCGCUAACCCCCCUCUGUGACGAUAGAAAACGCGAUAAGGAGAACCGAUAAAAAUUCACGAGAAUAACUAAUGGACGACCUAUGCGAGGACGAACGGGCCGUUGAGCUGUCGUCCAUUGUCGCCAUAUACCCCGAAAUUGUUAUAGAUCCCGAUUCGAAAUUCAAGGCUUUUCUUGAGCUUCCCGUCUCUCCCACCAAGCCCUUGAAGGUCAUAUUCCAGCGACCACAAUCAUCACUCCCAACUCCGCCGGCAUCUCUCAGCACUCAUGAGGAUGGAAACACCUUGCAUGUAGAUGCAGAAGAGGUAGUGCCAUGUUACCUCUCAUAUCUUCCGCCUCUCAGGCUGGAAAUUGAUGUUCCCGAUGGAUAUCCCUCCCUUGCACCUCCUCACUUUUCUAUCACGACAAAUCCAGAUUGGUUACCGCCAUCAAAGAUCGCUGAACUAGUAACUGAUGGCAAGAGAUUAUGGGAGGAAUGCGGGAAGGAUGUGGUUAUAUUUACAUAUAUCGAUCAUCUACAACAACUAGGGGAGCGGUCAUUCGAUCUUUCGUCAGAUCCCGAAUCGCCCCUUACCCUAUCGCGAGAUUUAAAAGUUGCACUUAUGGAUUUUAAUAUGCAAGCUCAGCGACAGAAGUUUGAACAGGAGACUUUCGAGUGCGGUGUUUGUCUGGAACCUAAGAAGGGGGCAAGUUGCCAUAGAAUGUUGCUCUGUUCCCAUGUUUUCUGCAUAAAUUGUCUUCAAGGGUUUUAUAACACUUGCAUAAAAGAAGGAGAUGUUGACAAGGUGAAGUGUUUGUCCCCGAACUGCGGGAGAGAUUCAGGAAAUGGACCACAAGACGGACAGCGAGGACACCUGACUCCUGAGCGCCGAAAGAAAAAGGAUCGAUCCCUUAAUCCAAGUGAGCUUUUGCAAAUUCCACUCGACCAGGAAGUUGUCCAGCGCUACGUCCACUUCAAAAGGAAGCGGAAACUGGAGGCGGAUAGAACAACUGUUUAUUGUCCUCGCCAAUGGUGCCAGGGUGCUGCUCGCUCAAAACGACAUCCGAAGACCACGGAUGCGAUCAACGAGGAGAUGGAAUUGUCAGACGAUGAGGACGACGAAACCUCGCGCACCCCAUUUGAUCCCCUUGGGACAGAAGAUCAGCUUCCACCAAAGUCAGAACGUCUCUCAGUAUGUGAGGAUUGCAGCUACGCAUUCUGCUGCGUCUGCAAAAAGGGCUGGCAUGGCGAGCUGGCAUUCUGCUAUCCUCGAAGAGCGGCUGAAUUAUCGGCAGCGGAGAAGGCCAGCGAAGAAUACAUCAAGAUGUACACAGCACCAUGCCCAACAUGCGAUACUCGCUGCCAGAAAGCAAUGGGUUGCAACCACAUGAUCUGUUUCAAAUGCAACACCCACUUCUGUUACCUAUGUUCAAGCUGGCUCUUCGAAUCCAACCCGUACAGCCACUUCAACGAUCCAAACAGCAGUUGCUACAUGCGUCUUUGGGAAUUGGAGGAAGGUCACGAUUCCGGUCCUGGUGGACCGAAUUGGGAUGAUGCUGCUGCACAAAUACUAGCUGAGAUGGACAGUGAGGACGAUGACGCCGAAGACCUUGAGCGGGAAAUCGCCGCCGAAACCGCCAACAACAAUAACCACGGACAGGGAGCGAACAACCGCGCGCGAAACCUAAAUCAACAACACCAACGACAUCCUCCACCUCCCCCAGCACCGGCUCCUCCAAACGCAGCACGAUUUCGAGCGCCACCUCCCGCACCAGUGCCCCCUGGCGCCAAUGUCAACCAACAAAAUGGCCGUCGUGCAAACGAUGCAGCCCGUGCUGCGGCCGCGGAGCGACAGUUGCAGGUUCAAGCAAUGGCCGAGAUGCGAGGUCUGCAACGUAACCCGCCAAAUGCACCCGCGCCCCCGAGACAGAUGGCUGGAUUACAGCGGUUUUUGGAGCUGGUACAGAAUGACCAAGAAGAUGAAUGGGACAGCGAUGAGCUGGAAGAUUUUUGAUACGAUACGUCACGUCAACAACUACUACUCCGUACAAUUAAAGAGUUCGUGUUUCGCGUACACGCCUACGGCAGCGUGUGUUUGGACAUAUACAAUAUAUACAAAAUAUUUUUUUCCAACCUCUUUUAUCUUUCUGCUACACAUUUAGUUUUUUUCCAGCCUACGGAGAAGGGUCUUGGAGUGUGUAUAUUGUGUUUUAUUUAUCUUCCUCACGUUUCUCUUCUACUACUUCUUUGUUAUUCUUUGGCAAUGAUGUGGCACGUUUGCAUGCCGAUUUGAUUCAACCUGAAAAAUAUACCUCUUACGAAUUGUCCCAUAUUCCCCAUGUAUAUCUUAUACCUCUAGGACAGGACAUUCUUCCUUUCCCCCUUCACAUCCAUAUGUACUGCACUAUAUACCCCCAACAUCCCACAAAUAAAAUGUUUUACGCACCUCUUUGUUCCCCAUUGUUGGAAUGUUAGAUAUCUGCCAUUUUAUCCCGUAAUCGGUAAAAAGCACACCCACAUUGUUAAGCCGAUCAAUACACACUCUAUAAUCUCGUACACGUAUAUAAUUGUAAUAUCUAUAGAGGGGGCCAGUAACCACGAUACAUUGCCCUAUCUCACAUAUGCAUUCCCUCCUAGUGAUAUUAACACCUUUUUACAUGCUUCCUUUAUUCUCCACGUAGGUUUAAAUUAUAAAGUCUGAGAUACGUCGUUGGAUGUUAUCAAAUAGUUAAAUCAUAUUGUACAGCGCGUGUGUGUGCGCCAGGAGGUAAAUUCGCUCUCUGCUCAUUCUCCACGUUAAUUGCAGCCAAAUGGUUGCGUGGAUACUUAUCCAGUUCGGAGUGAGUGGGGAGGCCAUAGAUAGAUUUAGAAAGUGCUUUAGAGAGGGCAUUUGAAAA